CAUGCAGCUGUUCGCCCGUCAGUGCAGUGAAAUUGAACAUGCGCAGUAUUUGCCGCAUGGGUGGCGAUUUAUCCGCUCCUCCCUCGUGCGCAUUUUAGUGAGGUUAUAAUUCUUUCGGGAUCACUCAAAACAUUCAUGAGUAGUCUGUGAAACAAUCAUAAUUUCGCAGCGUUUUAACGAAAUUCACGGUUUAAUUUACGUGCUCGUAUCUUAAAGUGUUGAAGAAAGGUGAAAGCAUCAUUAUGUCUAUGCUCGCUGAGAGGAGAAGGAAGCAGAAAUGGUCCCUCAAUCCCCGAGGGAAAUUUUGGGCGGAAGAUAGCAAUAAGUUCGGCCAAAAGCUAAUGGAGAAAAUGGGUUGGUCAUCUGGAAAAGGCUUGGGAGCUAAGGAAAAUGGCAUGACCGAACAUAUUAAAGUGUCCUACAAGAAUGAUUCCCAAGGUGUAGGAUAUAAAGAAACUGAUGAGCAAUGGACUGAAACUCAAGAGGAUUUCAAGGCAGUUUUGGAAGCAUUAGCCGGAGAAAACCAGACAACCGACGAGUUGAAGCUCAGUUCCCUAGAGCAGAAGUCUGAGGGAUCCAAAGUUAGAGUGCACUAUAAAAAGUUUACUCGAGGGAAGGAUUUGAGCCGGCGAACCGAAAAGGAUCUCGCCUGUAUUUUCGGUAAGAAGAACUUGAAGGGGACCAAGAAAUCUGAAGAUGUCGCACCUAAAUCAGGUGGUGUAGAGGACAAGGAAGACAACAAGCAGUUUUCUAACGCUGGCUUGAUGUCCGAUUACUUUAAAAAGAAACUGCCCAGUUUCGGGAAAGUUAAUGGCUACUUAAUAGGCAACAAUGGUGUUUUAAAAAAAGCUGAUGAUGAUGAACAAUAUGAAAAAAGGCCCGCUUUUGCCAGCUCCAAUGAACAAUAUGAAGAAGAAUCUGAAUGCGAGAUAAAGCCCCAUUUUGGAUUCGGAUUCCAGCAGACGACGAAUGAAAACAGCAGGUGUGAGACUGCUAGUUUUGUGAGCAGUAAAACAAGCUCACUAAAAGCUUCGUUUGUGUCGUAUAUAUCCGAAAGCAGCAAAGACGACGACGACUCAAUUAAAAAGAAAAAGAAAAAUAAGAGGGCAUUGGAUGAUAGUACAAACAUAAAAGACACUCCCACUAAAAAGACAAAAUUAGAGCCACAAUCAUCAGAGAACAGUGUAGUAACGAAGAAACAAAAGUCCAAAAAAAUUAAAGACGAUUCAGGAAUUGCAAAUCCUGCAUUUGAUCCAAUGUAUUCAUCGGUAAAAGUAGAGAAGCACGUGUUAGAGUCCAUCGAAGAAAGUGCAUUGAGCGACAUCACAGGAGAAGUGUCUGAAACUCUGGACGACUCAAUUAAAAAGAAAAAGAAGAAGAAAAUGGGAUUGGAUGAUAGCACAAACAUAGAAGACACUCCCACUAAAAAGACAAAAUUAGAGCCACAAUCAUCAGAAAACAGUGCAGUAACUAAGAAGCAAAAGUCAAAAAAAAUUAAAGACGAUUCAGGAAUUGCAAAUCCUGCAUUUGAUCCAAUGUAUUCAUCGGUAAAAGUAGAGAAGCAUGUGUUAGAGUCCAUCGAAGAAAGUACCUUGAACGACACUAUAGCAGAAAUAUCUGAAACUUUGGAAGUGCAAGCUCAAAUUAAUAACGAAGUCACGCCAAUCAAGCUGAAAUCGGAUCCGGAAAAGAAGAAAAAGAAAAAAAAAGCUAGUAAUCUCGAAGAAUCGCCAGACAUGCAGACAUCAGUUACUGAAUGUGAAGAAAUGGAAACACCAAAGAGAAAAACGCGAACUACUGUCGAAGACAUUGCAACACCUGAGGAUGCCAAUUCAGAACGGACCGAAAAAAAGAAGAAACCUAAAAAAGACUCUUCUGAAGAGAAUGGGGAUCGCAUAGAUGUUUCGAAUCAGAAUCUGGAAACUAGCUAUUCUGAAACGGAAGUGAAAUCGCGAAAAAAAGACAAAGUUAAAAGUGAAUUUGUGGAUGCUUUGGGCAGCCAACAAAGUGCAUCAGAAGAUAAUACAUCUAAAAAGAAAAAAACGAAAAAAAACAAAGACGGUUUGGAUAACCCACUAUUCAGCAUUGGAGUGGAAAACGAGACUUCCGUAACUGAAGAACAAAGCGCGUACGCAAUCAAAUUGAAGCCGAAGAAGAAAGAUAAAAGCAAGGAAAAUGUUGGCGUGGAGAACCCAACUUUUAGUUGUAAUGACAGUGUAAAUAGCCAGGACCUUCCAAACGAAGAAUUUGAGAUUCAAAGAAAAAAGAAAUCGAAGAAAAAGAAGCGGAAAGAUACAGAGGAGAACAAGGGAUUGGACAAUCCAGCAUUGAAUUUAGAGGCAUCAAUUGAUGACUGCUGCGAUUUGAUGUUAAAUGUUGUAAGCACCCCAAUCCAGCCCACAGAGAGCAAACAUGCUUCAGAGGAUCUUAGCAUACAAAGAGUGCGAAAAGUGGAACGAAGGAAAAGUGUGCGCUUCAGCGACGUUACCAGGGAGAGAAUAAUUCCCAGCAAAGAGGAAAUGCAGGCUGAAGGAUUAGACUGCAGCAGGGAUAUUGUGGAGUUUCAAGGAAAAUUGAACGAUAGCUCGGAUCUAACUUAUCUGGACACAUUUGUACCGAAGAAAAAGUCCAAGAAAAAAGCCAAAGGCCUAGAAAAUGGCGCUUUUGAUCAGUACGCAUGUAACAUUGAGGAAACUAUUGAUUCAAUGAACGAAAAUUUGAACAACUACCAAGCUGAAAUAGAAAAUGACAUGAAUGAGGCUAAAAUGAAAUCUCUGGAAAUCGAGGACAUAAUGAUUGGCCAAGUGGGAAAUCCAGAUGGGACCGACGAAAAACUAGCCGAUGGAACUGUCAAGUUAAAAUUUAAAAACGCCAGUUUUAAGAAGCGAGCGAAAUUCAUGGAUUCUUUGACUGGCCCUAAGAAAUCCUACACACACUUGAUAAAAGGGGACAUAGUGGUUGGGUUCAAGGAAUCCAACCUGCAUGAAAUCAAGGGAUAUGGCACGGUAUAGUUGAGGAAUUUAUUGCACUUUAAUUUAAAUGUUUUGUGUUGAGUUUUAGAAAAACGCAUUGCUGGUAUUGCUAAAUAAAUACAUGUUUGUAAUUUA